AUGAUCAUUGUGCGAAUUGUUGGCAUCUUGAUAAGCUUUUAUGUGGUUGUCCACGGCCAUAUGAAGAUGAAUUUGCCGACUCCGUAUGGUAAAUCGAGCCUCAACAACGGCCCAUUGCUGGCUGAUGGAACGGAUUUCCCCUGUAAGCUGCGCUCUGGUGUGUACGAUUCAGAAGGCGCGUCGAAUAUUUAUGCCCUCGGUCGAACAUACCCACUCAGCUUUAUUGGACAAGCCGUACACGGGGGAGGCUCCUGUCAAGUAUCAAUUACAUAUGAUAGCCAGCCUACUCGAAAUUCGAUUUGGAAGGUGAUCAGGUCUAUCGAGGGUGGCUGUCCUGCCCAAGGCCAAUCCGGAAAUAUUGGUGACAAUGCGAAUGCUGCAAAUCCGUUUCGGUAUGACUUCACGAUACCUUCCAACAUCCCCACUGGCAGUGGCACCAUUGCCUGGACUUGGUUUAAUAAGAUUGGGAACCGCGAAAUGUACAUGAACUGUGGCCCAAUAACGCUCACAGGGAUAAGUGGUACCUGGGAAAACUUUGAAAUGCUCCCAGACAUGUUCAGAGCAAACAUUAACAAUGGGUGUGCUGUACCGGAUGGAAAAGAUCUAGUAUUUCCAGACCCAGGUCGUGAUGUGACUAGGAUGAACCAAGGUACUACUGCUUUCGCAGGCCCGACUGGGUCGUGCCCCUACCCAACCUCUCGGAGUCCCGUUAAAGCCUACAUCACAACUUCAACAAGUAGCUUGAAUUUUGCAUCUCCGGCCUCCGGGAUAACCAGCACAAUUAGUAAUGACAGGGUAGACAAUCUAUGCACUGUAGAAGGCUCAUGGAACUGCAUUAUUGGUAAUUCUUUCCAACGCUGCGCGGGAGGCAGAUGGUCAUACCCGCAGCAGCUUGCUGCCGGGAUGUCUUGCAAGCCAGGAGAGCAUAAGACUUUAAGUUGGAAUGGGAUGAAUACUCAAAACAGUGAAUAG